CCAACAAGUGAGAUGUCACCUUCCAAUGGGACCGGGUCCGGUCUCCUGACCUUCAUCCUCACCAGCAUUCCCGGUCUGCCGAUGAGCAGCUCCUGGAUGGCGUUGCCUCUCUGCUUCCUGUACCUCCUCAUGCUCCUGGGGAACUGCACCUUGCUCUGGAUGAUAAAGACAGACCACAGCCUGCAUACGCCAAUGUACUAUUUCCUCUCCAUACUGGCCGUGGCAGACCUGGGCUUAUCUCUCUCCACCCUGCCCACCAUGCUGGCCAUUUUCUGGUUUGAGUCCACCUCCCUCCAUUUUGAGGCGUGUGUUGUGCAGAUGUACUUCAUCCACUGCUUCUCUGCCAUCGAGUCUGGGGUCCUGGUGGCCAUGGCUUUUGACCGCAUCAUUGCUAUCUGCUACCCUUUGCGCUAUGCCUCGGUCCUGACCAGCUCCCUGAUAGUGAAGGCAGCGGGAGUGAUCUUCACGCGGGGCAUCAUUGUGGUGCUACCCGUUGCCAUCCUUAUGAAGAAGAUGCCAUUCUGUGGGUCCCGUGUCCUGUCUCACUCCUUCUGUCUACACCAGGACAUGCUAAGGCUGGUUUGUGGGGAUGUCAGGGUCAACAGCUUGUACGGGCUGACCGCAGUGAUACUCACCAAGGGCCUGGACUCCCUGACCAUCCUCCUGUCUUACAUGAUGAUCAUCAGAGCCGUCUUGAACAUUGUCACUCCAGAAACACGAGCCAAAGCCUUUAGCACGUGCAUCGCCCACCUCUCUGCAGUCCUGAUCUUCUACAUCCCGCUCAUUGGCUUGUCCAUCACCCACAGGUUUGGGAAGCACUUGCCGCCCCUCACUCACACACUCCUGGCCGAUGCCUAUCUCCUGGUGCCGCCUGUCCUGAACCCGCUCGUGUACAGCUGGAAAACCAAACAGAUCCGCAGGCGGAUCCUAAUCCUGCUCUGUCAGAGAGGGACCCAGCAGCAGGUCUAGUCCUGGGGCAGUGAUACCCCAAAGACAGUCUCCUCCUUCCUUUCCUCUCCAGACUGUUGCUCAUGGGCAAGAACAUCUCCCAGAGAGAGUCACUCAUGCCAGAAGAAACCUGUCACCUCUUCUGCAAUACAGCUCUUUUCCUUUCCAUGGAGGGAUGGAUCAAUGGCCUGAAGUUGUGCCGGGGGAGGCUGAGGUUGGAUCUGGGGACCAGUUUCUUCCCCAAAGGGCUGUGGGGCAUUGGAACAGGCUGCCCAGGGCAGUGCUGGAGUCACCAUCCCUGGAGGGGUGGACAGACGGACAUGAGGUUCUCAGGACAUGGGGCAGGGACAGGGCUGGGUUAAUGGUUGGACUCAAUGAUCUCGAGGUGCUUUUCCAACCAAAAUGAC